UGCUCGCUCGCGUCAGAUUCCCGGAGGAACGCUUCCAAGCGCGCUCGGGGUCGGACAGAAUCGGUCAGAGCGCGAAAGACGCGUUUCUUCGACGAAGUUCUCGAUCGUCAGAGACAGAUAUGCGGCCCCUGACCAGGAUUUCGUGUGUGCUCUUCGCUCUGAUGUUGUCAGAAACCGUGAACGCAGAUGUCGGGGGAAAAUUCGUCGAUGGCCUUAUCUCGUUCGGGAGAACCGUCGGAGACGCUACGAAAAGCGUGGUGAACACGUUCAAGGAGUGGGGCGAUCGUGUGAGUCCUCCGAAGGGGACUCAGAUCAAGGGCGAGAUGAUUCAACCUUUCUUCAGCCGUGUUUGCGGUCACUCGGUACUCGAACGGAAAAUAGUCGUGAAUUGCUUGCAGCUAGAUGAGCGUCACCUGCUACACACGGACUGGAACAAAUGUUUAGGGCGAGCAGGAAAAGAAGUGCAAACAUUUCCAGAUCUGAUGCAUUGGAUCUGCAAUAUUGUCGCUCACCAGUCGACGGUUUCAGGAUUGAGUAAGACGCAGGAUUGCGUCGUGAAAGAUGUAGAUUCCGGCUACGCGAUGACGCUCUAUCGGCUGUGCGCGCGGAGGUUGCCAUGA